GUGCCUCGCACGUGCCGAUCGCCUUCCCCACCUCUCCCCUCUACCCACUUUCUAGAUCGUCCUGUUGGCCGCCACACGCGCGUAUCAUUCCCCUUCCCCACUCUUACAUCUUCCCCUUCUCCCCCUCUUCAGUCUUCCCUCCUCCUUCCUUUCCAUUCCUCUUCACGUUCUGCAGAUCGAUGGAUCAAGGCGCCAGAAGGCUCCCUUGAAGGCUGAUCUAUUAGGUGGCCGUGGAGUCCCUAAGAACAUUUUCUUGAAGUUGUGGAUUUACCUGAACCAAUGGCUAAGCAAGCAAACAUGGUAGAUGAAAAUUCAGUUGGAAGCUGGCUUAGAUACUGAAGUUGAAAUCUUGGUACAAUGUAGAAGAGGCAAGACCAAGGAUAAGGUUGCAAAGAAAAUUCACAAAGCUGAGAGGGAGAAGUUGAAAAGAGACCACUUGAAUGAUCUCUUCUCUGACUUGGGUCAGGCUCUAGAACCAGCACGACAGAACAAUGGAAAAGCUACAAUACUGUCUGAUGCUACAAGAAUAUUGCGCGAUUUGCUUACUCAAGUCGAUCACCUUAGGAAGGAGAAUGCAGCUUUAUUGACAGAGUCACGCUAUAUCACUGAUGAGAAGAACGAACUUAAAGAUGAAAAUGCUGUUUUAGAAGCUGAGAUCGGCAAAUUGCAAAGCCAGCUACAGGAAAGGACGCAAUCAGAACCCAUGUGGUCCAACUCCACGGAGACACUACCAUCAUCUGUCCCGGGACAUUUAGGUCCAGCAAUGCUGUCCUCAACGAACAAUCAAUUGGUCUCACCUGUGGCAGAACCGCUUCGGCACUUAGUGGAACCUGAUGCAUCAGGAAGCGAGCAAAUGAUGCCAUCUGUCGGGGGGGCUGCAAUGUUGUCUACGGAUCAGGUUUUGCCUAGGCCACUUGUUGUCUUCCCUCUCCAUCCUGACCUGCAGAACUUCUCCAAAAACAACAGCGGGAGCGACUCAGACAAAUUACAGCCUCAGUCUGCUAAGCCUCCCUCUAAUGUGAGAAGACCACAUGCACGUUAUCCCACUCCUUCAGAUUCAUGGCCAUCGAGGCUCCUAACACGGCAUCCAAGAGAACAUUCCGAGGAAGAACGUUGUGGUGCACGCAGAACUGAAAAUUUUGGUAAUGAUGAUGAUGCUAGUAAUGAGAACUUAUCUCUUUGAACAUCAACACGACUCCUAAGGUGUGCUUCCAUCAUAAUUCACAGUAUCACAAAAUCUGGUGGGUCAGUCCACUAGCCAUUGGUGCUGACUGCUGAGGAAGUAGAUUGGAUCACCUUGAACCGAUGAUUGUAACUGGUAUACAGUCUUCACAAUAUCAUGCAAACUUUCGGUUGCUAAAGUUGGUGGUGAUAGGGAUGAUGUUGAUUGUUGAUGAUGGUAAUGAAAAGGAUGGUGUUGACACGUAUCAACAUGGUGAUGAGCUGGACUAAUAGCUCAGGCAGUUGUAGUGUUAGAUGAACCCUUUUCCGGGUUUCUAGUUAUAAAGUUACUGACCUAGCAGUUUGAGAGUUUUGGCAUCUUGCAGUAUUCCACCGAGCAUCUUGAGACUAGCAAGCUGCUGCUUCCAUCUUCCGGUUCUUGUAAAUUCUUUGGUGUAAUUGCAGUUCCGUAGUGGUGCUUUUUCACUUGCAAUGGGAAUAUCUAUGGUAGAACAAAUGAGGUUUAAACUCUACUCUUCCUUUUAUAGGAACAUGUGACACUGGAAUUCAUUGGUAACUUGUAUACAAUUCUUGGACUUCAUGGUUCCA